AUCCUGUCUUUAGGUGCUGGGUUUGACUCCUUAUACUUCCGUUUGAAGGACAUAGGUCUUCUGCAUCACACUGUCGUGUAUGAGGUGGAUUUCCCGAAUGUGGCAUGCCAAAAAGCUACUCUGAUCAGGAGAACGAAAGAGUUGUUGGCACUGGUGGGAGAUACCGGAGGGGAAAGAUUAGGCGCCAUGACGCUUUCUGGAGAGGAUUAUAAAUUACUAGGAGUGGACUUGUCGGAGCUGUCUGAGCUGGAGAGAGCCCUGGAGGAAGCAGGACUGGACAAUGGAGUCCCCACCCUCUUCGUCGCAGAGGUGGUGCUCACCUACAUGGAAAAUAGCAGGUCAGAUGCCUUGAUUCAGUGGGCAGCAGAGCAUUUCUCUCAGGCAUGCUUUCUGCUGUAUGAGCAGGUGCACCCAGAAGACCCCUUUGGACAUGUCAUGCAGCAGCAUUUUAGCCAGCUGAACUCUGCCCUUCAUUCUUUGGCACAGUACCCUGAUUGUGAGGCACAGCAGAGGCGCUUUUUUGAAAAGGGCUGGACUGAGUGCCGUGUCAUGGAUAUGAAUGAGUUUUUCACCUGUUUUACUCCAGAAGAUGAGCAGCAAAGAGUGCAGGCUCUGGAGCCUUUUGAUGAAUAUGAGGAAUGGCAUCUGAAAUGUUCCCAUUACUUUGUCUUGACUGCAUCAAAGGGGAUGGAACCUUCCUGGACUCCAUUGUUAUCCAGUAUGACAGUUCCUCAUCGUGAUGGUCCCAUCAGGGUGGCUGGGAAUAUCACUGCAACAGUGUGUGCAAUGCAGUCUGAAAUUUCUGGCCUGAGACGUUAUGGUCACCGCUCUGUUCUUAUAAAACCCAAUGUGAUUCUCACCACUGGAGGCUUUGGGGAGGAGGAUGGACAGCACUGCCGCAUGAGAAAUUUUCAUGUGCUAACUAAGUGCGCAGGCUACUGGAAAGCAGUCUGUGUGAAAAAGGAAAAUCCCAAUGAAAGAUGGG